CACUCAAGGACCACUUGUUUACAAGUAGUGCCGUUGUACUGGAUUCUUACCACAGAAAGUAGUCAGAGCUUAUCAAGGACAGAUAGGAGCUUCUGUAAUCGUUGUUGACGAUGUUCUGGCGAUUGCUUUCGUUAGCUUUUUUAGUGAAUUUUUCGCUGAUUUUGGCGCAAUUUUAUCAAGGGGAGCUCUAUGAGGAUGGUUUGUGCUGCGGUGGAGGGUCGUGCGCAGCGAAAUGUAGAGAUGGUCUUUCAGGUCCAGCGGUCGUGACUGGAGCACCACCUAAGUUCGUUUACAGGGCCGACUUCCGUGAGCCAUUAAACGAUGUCUUUACAAAAGGCUUCAAAUGUCUUGGCAAAAACGACAACCUCGUCGAGCACACGAGCGGCGUCUCGACUCACUACGGCCCGAAACACGACUCACUGUUUGUUUCGACGUCUUCCGAAGAAGCAAAAGCCGUCGAGUGGGCGAAGAAAAUAAUAACAAGCGCCAAAGAUCCCAAGAACCAAAAGGCCCAGAAAUACCGGGAUAAGAGUGCAAUAUAUGUAUACAAAAUCCGCGCAGAUUGGAACUAUUUCAAUAUGAAAGAAUCYCUUCUCGAAGGCUACAAARCAACGAAUAACGAAGAAUACAAAAAGCAGGCSGAAGGAGUAGCGGACGUUUAUCGGGAGUACGAAGCAUGUGGCGGAGUUAAGCCGGAAGAGGUUAUGAGUACCAAGAAGUAUAACUGGGGAAGRCUGAACGAUCCUGACCCCGAUGUGAUGAACGAGAAAUAUGCUGAUAAAGAUACRCAAGCAAGUUCUAACAUUUAUGCUUGAUURGCGSWAGAGAAUGACAGUAAAGAAUGUCUGCGGUAUUGGGGCAGAUAAAAUAAAGUUAGCUGAGAACAAAAUAAAGUGUUGUGAUCAAUUUAUCGUGAAUCAAUCWAUCACAAACAUCAAUGUACUCCUGCCAACCAAUCAAUCGACCAAUUGACURUUUAUACGCUAAUGAUUCUUUGUCAUAACCUCGAAGGCAUUAAAAUUUCCUCGA